GCAGUUUGUUCUCUCCAGCCGUCCGCCAGCCGGGCUCACCUGCUGCCGCYUGCCGCUCUCCGCUGUCCUAGUUGGGGGUAGUAAAUGCGGAACGCCGGAGGGCUCCGUGGCUCUCUGUAGAGUUGGAGUCUGUGAGCUUCUCACUGAGACUUUGAGAAGAUUUUUCCUGUUGGAAGUAGACAACAGUGAGUCGCCUGCCCUGGUGACAGACCGCGGGAAAAUGUCGUUACUUCCUGUCUAAUGAAGUGUUGGCGCGACUUUGGUCUUGGAAAUAUCAACAAGGUACAGAGGAAAACUCAGGUUUUUACAAAGAAGCAGAGCAGAUUGAAAGGAUGGAGACGUUUGAUGCCUCUGAUUCRGUGGACCCAGGGGCUGACGAAGACUCUGUGGAUAUCUAUGAAGGCCUGGAUGCUACUGGGGUUGGCAGCAACACUGAAAAGUGGCCUUCUGUUGGUUCUGGGCUCAAAGACUCACUGGAUCUUUAUGAGGAUAUAGUGGCAGAGGAACAGAACAACAGGGAGACAUCACACACUGAGUUAAAAUCCAGAUUUGAAGCAGCCCAAAAUCAAAUCAAAGAACUGCACAGAAGACUACRGCAGAUGGAAACACAGAAUACUGGCUUGAGCAGUGAGAACAAUCGUCUUAAGAAGAACAUCUCUGCACUUUUACGAACAGCAAAGCAAGAAAUAGUUCGGAAAGAUGCUGAGAUCAAGCAGCUGACUCAGCAGGUCCAAAGAUUUCAUCAUCAUCAUCAUCAUCAGCCUCGGAUAAAACAAGCCCAGGAUCCACGUUCAUCUCUUCAAGCCUCCUCCAGCUGUUCAUCAACAAGAACACUUUCACCACCUUCAUCUUUACCUCYUCUUCCUCCUCACCCUCCUCCYUUUGUUGCUCCCCCUAUUAGUUCCCAGUAUGAGGAGGAGCCUUCUCCAGCAGAUGCUCCCCAACUUACCUCAAAGGAAACUUGUCAUUUCAGCAGAUCCGUGAAGUCUUCAACUCAUAACUGCUCAAAAAGACAUGAAGCAGCUGAAAAACUGCCUGGAGUAGACGGGUGCGCUUCCAGAAACAGAGAGGUUAAAGGUCAAAGUURUAAACUGUCUGAAUCAGCAGAAAGGAGGCUUAGAGACUGUACCCAUCAUAACAAGGACUCUGUGCAAAAGCAAGUUCACAAAGAAGACAAAGACACUGGAAAAGAGUUUUACUCCCAGUCUCACAAAAAUAAGAAAUACCAAAAGGUUGGGAGGCACUGCCGAUCAGACGGAGCUAAAACUUCUUCACAAGAACAUCUCCACUCUGCAGUUUCCUCUGAACACAGAAGAGAAGGCAAGAAAAUUCAGAGAACAGAUAAAGCCAGCUCUAUAGAGCAUGCUAAAGUUUCUGAUCAGCAGUCRGGAGGGAGCUGCAGCCCAGAGUCCAGAAAAAACCCCAGAGGUCACAAAUAUGAUAGUUUGUCCAGUCCAAAGAACAAGAGAAGCUCCUCUCCAGAUCAGUUUACUAAGCGCUGCGGUAAUGGCAGUAGAGAACGGGAAAGGAGCAGACAGAGAGACCAUCAGAGAAGUGUGGACAGAAGGUGUGAGGAUGAAAUCAGGAGCAGGCAUCACAGAAGAAGCAGUCAGAAAGAGAGCAGCAGAGACCGGGAGAAGCACAGAGAUAAACAGACGGGGAAACCUGAUGGAUCCAAGGAAGGACGACGGGAAAAGAAACCUAGAGAUGUGAAAAGAUCAUCUGAAGAACCCAGCCCAGAAGCAAAUACUUCUGUAGACGACAACAACUCAAACAGAAAGUUGUGUUUUAUGGAAACACUGAAUUUAACUCUUUCACCUAUCAAAAAGCACACAACACCCAGAGAUAACAGCCUAGAGUACCCGCUAAGACUAGAGGGUGAUGUUGAGGAAAACUCCCAGCCUAACCUAGACAACAUGUGUGUCAUUGAUGAGGUAGAUGGAGGUGAGCUAGGAUCAGAACCAGAACCAGGACAUGCUGCAGAGCGAGCCUUGGAGGAGCUCAAAGCUCCACGUAACCAGACGUCCAACAUGGAAGAUGUAGAGGAAGAUGSCAACAUUGGAGCUGAAUUCCAAGGGAGACCCUUGGCUGUUCACAGCAACUCCCUCUGGAGGCCACCCCAGGGUCCAGCAGACACAACCAAACUCCACACAGAAGCAGGGGAAGACCUGAAACAUCCUGAGGAACAGCUGGAGCUGAUCUCCAACAGCUGGAUAACUGAAAGAGGUCAGCUGGAGUUCACAAAGAGCUCCCAGCCCAGCAACACACCUCCACAAAUCUUGGAGCAACACAGCAGCUCUGAAGCACCGACCUCUGAGGUUCAACAUGCUGCAGCUGCUGAUGAAGAUGCAGCUCAACAUGAACAUGCUGCAGCUGAUGUUGAACAUGCUGCAGCCGAUUCAGGUGAAGCUCCUGCUCCACCCAGACUCUCCCAGAGUACAGUCAGUGAAGCUGCAGCUUCAGCUCAGCCAGACGACACACACGGUACUGAAGAGGUAUAUGASGAAGCCAGACUCAGAGAUGGGUGGGGUCACCAGGCUGCGUCCCCUGCUGCGUCCCCUGCUAUCAGCCAACCAUCCUCUACCAGUGUUACCAUGGACAACCAUCCUGUUGGCCAACCACAAAGCUCUAAAGACUUGGAUUCAGUGUCCAGCACUAUCUGUCUGACCUCACUUCCUCARAAGGGGCGGAUUCUGACCGAGGAUAUUUGUGCGAUGACCCAGACAGACACAGACCAGUGUUACCAUGGACAUGGGCUGGGGACCUGCAGUCCCCAGCCCAUAUCCUCUGUAGACUGCAUUGGGAUAUCCAAGGUCAGCAGUACCACAGAGGAGCUCAGGCCCGCCACAGUUACCCCUAAGAAGUUCUGCAGUCAGGACCGUAAAAAAGAGCUGUCCAGUUCUGUGUCGCUGCCUCAUGAUGAAGACUCCAUGAUGCACACCCUGAGCAACCUGAAGAGGAUUCCUGAGGCCAUCAGCCCCCUGAGGAGCCCGGCACAGAUGGCCAAGAGGGGUGUCCUCCAUGUCCACAGCAAGCUGGGACAUGUGAAGAGUCUUCAGAAAGAUUUUUCCACCUCUGCUGCUGAGACCAACUUGAUGAAGUUGGAUGUUAAUAAGGAGAACAAAUAUCCAGGUUCUCCUGCUAACCGAGGAGCACAGGACGUGGUGAACAUGGAGUCUGAGCAGAUUUCAAGCCCUUUUGAUACUGAACUGGAAGAAGGGGAAAUUUUAAGCGAGAGUGAUGAGGCUACUUCUAGUUCUCCUGUUCCUGCCACCAAGAGGGCGAAGUUAACGGAACCAAUCAGGAAUAAACCCAGCCUCCAGUCUUCUUCAAGAAGAAAACCUGAAGAACGGCAGGUUGCUUCUAAAGAACCUCUUGAUUCAGCUGCUGUCUCAACGCAAAGUCCCAGGAGUCGUUUUAAAACUGUCUGCCCAUCAGCAAGCAAAGCAUCUUUUUCAACUGUAGAGGAAAUAAUGGAGACAUUCAAGAUGGUUCGCACGGAGAUGCGUAAAAAAUACAUGAAGCUUCAUAAAACCUUUCCUAAAAAAAGUUUUUGUGGUGUGAUGGACAAUUUCCAGAAGUCUUUUUUAGAGUUUGUGGACGGUGCUCACUUUGGCCAGAUAUGCAGCGAUGCUGAGGAGUUGAAGUCCAAGCUGAGGAAAGUAAUUGCGUCUGUGUUUAUCAAAGUGCUUAAUAAUGGCAUAGUGAAACGCAUUUUUGAACAACAAGCAGUCAAUCUAAAGCAAAAGCUGUGGGACUUUGUAGAUGUCCAAGUGGACUACUUGUUCAUGGACAUCCAGACAACAUUGAAGAGCCUCUGCCAAGCCGUCCAGACUCCCACUGAAGACAAGAGGCCCGGUGGACAGGGGAUCGAGCCUCAGCAGGCUCCAGUGAAGAUGCCGCUAUGUAAACAGAACAAGUCCCACCCCCCUAACUCCAGCCUGAGCCGGACCAAGUCAUGUGCAGUGGUCCCUUACAGAACCGGACUAGGCAGCAAAGGUAAAGACAUCCGUAUGUCAUACACAGAAAAAGAUGGCGCCUCUCAAGUACAUCCUCCAGAACGCGUAAACACACAAACUAUGAUCAACUUCCUGUCCGACAGCAACGCUGCCUCGUCUCCAAAUAAAACUAAGAUGGUGAUCCCUCAGAACAGCUCCUUGAUUGAUAGAACAGACUUUGAGCUGCUUACCGAGCAACAAGCGUCCAGCUUGACAUUCAAUUUAGUCAGAGACUCUCAGAUGGGAGAAAUAUUCAAGUGUCUUCUCCAAGGAUCAGACUUGUUAGAAAGCACAGGGAUGUGUGGCGACAACACUGCCUGGGCUGUUGGGACCCCAAGGAAGGACGGAGAGAGAUUUCUCAACUUUGCCACACCAUCAAAGUUCCUCUCACCAUCCAAGUCCGAUACUUCAGCCAGACUCAUUGCUACCUGGUCCAGCAUUUCACCCAGACGGAGGUCAUCCCCACGCACCAAAACCUCCAUCCCCCUCCACCCAGCCUUGUUCGAUGAAAGUUGCCUCUUGGAGGUUCCAUCUGGAAACAGAGCACUGCUGCAGGGCAGCUUGACAGCAGAGAAAUACUCCAUUCUAGCUGAAGAUCUGGCUGUCUCCCUGACGAUUCCAUCUCCUCUUAAAUCUGACAGCCACCUCAGCUUCCUCCAGCCAGCAGGCGUUGGGAUCCAUGUGGUGUCCACCCCAGACAGCGUUAUCAGCGCACACAUAAGUGAGGAUGCUCUGCUGGAUGGGGAAGACGCUACGGAGCAGGACAUCCACCUGGCCCUGGACAACUCCAGCUGCAGCUCCAGAGACAGCACCGCCUCCCAAACGCCUGGCAGCACUCUGUUCUUCAAGCCUGACGUUCCUAUGCAAGCGCUGGUGAUGGAGAAGUCCAAUGAUCACUUCAUCGUAAAGAUUAGACAGAUGAAUGUGGCUGCAGAAGGCACACUAAUUGCUGGAGAGCCGUUGAGCCAGACACUGAUAGAAAAAAAUCAGCAACAUGAAGAAUAUGGUGCCCAGGAAUGUCUGAAGGUCACUGGUCAGACAGAGAACAAGUUCUCCGUCACUGGAAACCCAAACUCUGGAUCACACACCCAUGAACAAAGACGGACUCCAGGAACCAAUCCAUCCAACCCAAGACGAGACACUUUUACCCAGUCUAGGAAAACCACUCCUGAAACGGAUCCAUCAGAUCCCAGUUCAAACACCAGCUCACCUACUUCCCACAGUUCAUCAGUCCCAGAUCCCAGUGGAACACAGCUCCAAGUAGAGGCAACUCCACCCAAAUCAUUCCCAUUCCAGCCCCAGAAGCAAACCAGUCCCCCCAGAGCCACUUUAAGCCCAAACACUACAGCAUCAAAGACACUAUUCUAUGACUUGGGCAGAGAGGAGACCACUGUGUCCGAGUCAGAAAAGAGUCUCACCAUUGACACGAGCAGCUCAUCAGAGAAAACCUCCAGGGACUGUGAACAGCUCCGGAAACGGAAAAGACGGCAGGAAAAGCUGAAAGCCAAAAGAUGUAAAAAGGAGGACAAAAGUCUGCAGGUUUCUCCAUCCAGGAAGAGUGACGAAGAGYUGAAACUUUCCCAAGCAGCUCUGUCCCCAAGCAGCCUGUCUGCCAAGAACAUCAUCAGGAAGAAGGGCGAGGUGGUGAUGGCAUGGACCAGAGAUGAAGAUCGAGCCAUUCUGAUGUUUCUGAAGACCAAAGGAGCUUCACGGGAAACGUUCUCCACACUGUCUGAGAAACUAAACAAGCCAUCAGGCCAGAUUGCUCACAGGUUUUACCAGCUCAUGAAGCUUUUUAAGAAGCAGGGGAAGAUGGACAUGUGAUUGUCCCCGUCAGAYAUGGAGGGAGAUCUCACCCACCUCAAUACAAUUGAACUCUAAUGCCUGUUAAAUGGAAAGUUCUGGAGAGUCCUGAGGAGUUGGUUCAACACCAACUCUAUGGUCUGUGGACUUCAUUUUCAAACAACUGGAAGCAUAAUUGCUUCUUGUUGAGGGAUUUUUUUUCUGUGUUGAACUGAUUCAUGGCUAAUUAAAACAGAAAGCUAAAGGAUAAUAUCUGAGUUUUUGAUCCACUGUCUGGAAAUGUUUUUACUUUUGUGUUCUUUUUUAACCAACUGAGAGUUUUUUGUUUUAAUCACUUCUUACUGAAAAUCCAUGACAGUAUCUGCAUAUUCCUUUUUCAAUAGUAUAAAUUUUUUCAAUAGUAUUUAAUAGUAUAAUCAAAAACAUCUCAGCAGUACGUCUUCCAACGGACAGCUGGAAAAUGUCUGUCUUCAGACUUGAAGUUAGUUUCCAGCUCAGGAAAAUCCCAUGUUUUCCUGCGGGUGGAUCCCAUCUGGAAACUUGAAGUAUCACUCAGCAAUAACUCAUCUGCUGUCAAACAGAUGGAUAUGGUCAUUAUUGCAUACAAUCUUUGUGUCAUGCUGGUCAACUAGCAUUGGUAGUUUCUAAUGAAAAUGUUUACAUGUCCAGUCAAGGCAGCAGAGACGUAUUAAACGACUCAGAUCAGCAGACUGUUCGCACAAACUGUCUCUGUGCCUUGAUCGCAUUUAGUUGAAAUCAUCUGAUUAUAUAAACCAAAACAGAAUACAUUAUUAUUCUUCAUGUUGUACAUAUCCUUUUCCAAAAAUAAAGUUUUAUUUAUUUA